UUUUUUUUUUUAAAGGGGGGGAGGAUAAAUCUUUUUUAGUUUCUUGCAGGAAUUUCACCUGACCUCAAUUAUUAUUUUUAUUAUUUAAGCAACAUCAUUUUUUUCAUUUCCUUUCCUUUUUUUUCUGUCUACUUUUUUUUUAUAUAUAUUAACGACCGGCAUUACACAAACAAACACAAAAAAAAAAGACAGCAUUUACAUUGAAUGGGAGCCAAACCCAGUAAAAACAGUGACGAUCAUCGCUGGAUCCACAAAAGAUCAAGUCAUCUUAGAUCUGUCUUAUCUAAUAACAACAACAAUAACAAUAACGACAACAACAAUAACAACAACAACAGCAGCAGCAGCAGUAAUAUUGUUGUAAACAAAAAGGAGAAAGAACAAUGUAAAACUCCGUCAUCAGCAGUUGUCUGUACCACCACCGCCAACACUACCACCGCCACCGCCAUCAAUUCAAGUGAGCCUUUACCUGAACCAACCCUCAUCAAAAAGACACUUCAUUAUGACCCUCUCAAAUCCUCCUCCUCCUCUAAAAAGACACGUCGAAAGAACUCUCCCUCCAAACACAUAUCCAUCAUCAGCACCAACAGCGAUAACAUGAGCAGCAGUGGUUGGACCACCUUAUCCAAUGAUCCAUUUUCUCAGAUUGAAGCUGCUAACACUUCAUCUUUUACAGAUAUCACUGACCAAUCCACCAUCUCCCGAAAAUCUCUCUAUCCUGUCAUGGAGACUUCUUCCGCAGCUAUUUCUAUUCACCUUGACAACGAACUCUCGUCCUUGUCAACCGAAACCAUCUUACUUCAACUACGCGAUGCAUCCCACGACCAGGCAUUUCACCUUAUCAACCAAGCCUAUCGACUUGCACAGCAACAAAAUGACCCUUAUGAUUGGACUCAGUUUUAUUCCGCUAUGGAUCAAUACAGUGCCCACUCAAGCAUUGCCACCGUCUAUCUCGCACGCUGCUACAUCUCCGGCUUGGGUGUCAAGGCUGAUAUGCAACGCGGGUUUACAUUAUUAAAAUCGAAUCCGUCAUGUGAAACCACUUACGCUCUAGGCCAUUGUUACUUGGAUAAAGGGGAAAAGAAGAACGCCUUUGCCUGCUUUCAAACCGUCAUCAAUACCCAGUACACGCCCAUAAAUGAAUCCAUCCGUUCCACCGUAGCAGAAGCUCAGUGUACUUUGGCUCGUAUGUUCUUUCAAGGUGAAGGUGUUGAACAAAACACAGCACAAGCUUUACACUUAUUAAUGAAGAGUGCCGAAAGCAACAUGUAUGCACAGUUCCUCGUCGGUGUUCAUUAUGAACGAGGUUUUGAUAUUGUACAAGAUCUUGAAAAGGCAAAAGAAUAUUAUCAAAAAAGUGCAGAGGGAGGCUUUCCCGAUGCACAAGCUGCAUUAGGAAGCAGAUUUAUUGCGGAUUUAAAUUAUGCAAAAGGAAUUCAAUGGCUUGAAAAAGCCGUGCAGAUGGGAAAUAGCCGUGCGCACGUCCAAUUAGGUAUUUUAUAUGAUAAAGGUCAAGGUGUGGAACAAAACUCCGAGUUGGCCUUAUCUCAUUACAAGGCUGCGGUCGAAAACAACAACCAUCCGGCACAAUAUAUCUUGGGCUUAGUCUAUUACUUUGGAAGAUUGAAUCGUCAAAAGAAUCUCAAAGAGGCCAUUCGAUUGAUCCGUUUGGCCGCUAUGGCAGGCUUACCUUACGCUCAACGUGUUCUCGGUCAGUUCUAUCAACAGGGUAGUAUCCAUCAACAACCUUUGAACGAAAAUGCCUCCGAUACUCGUGCUCGUCUCAAGAAAAAUGAACGUGAAGCCAUUCGCUGGUAUCGUCGUGCUGCGGCAGGUAAAGAUGUCUCUGCCAUGGGAAUCCUCGGUAAAUGCCACGAGUCCGGAACAGGUGUCGAAGUCGACCUCGAAAAGGCGUUGGCGUUUUAUGCUAAAGCCGCUGAACAACCCGGUCCGUUUGUUUCUAACGCUCAAAUCGAUCAAGCUUUACUCUUGCAAAAGAUGGCAAGACAUACUGAAGCCUUCCGCUUGUAUUCUCUUGUAUUAAAUACCACAGAUGUCGAUCCUUCUUGUUUACAAACUGCACAACUCUCGGUGGCCAGAUAUCAUCUCUGUCAUGAUGUGGAUGGAGUGACCUAUGAUCCUCGCUUGGCCCAUAAGAUGCUCUUGACACUGGUCGAUACCACCAAUGAUCCUCAUGCACAUUACUGGUUAGGCUCAAUUUACGAUGAAGGAAUUCCGGGAGUCUUUGAAAUUGAUCGUCAAAAGGCCUUUCAUCAUUUCAUGAUCGCCGCUCAAGGUGGUGAUAAUGACGCUACAUUUUUGGUUGCAUAUAUGAUGUCGAAUCAUGUCAUUCCACUGAAGGGACCUGCCGAUGCAUUUCCUUGGUAUCAAAAGGCCGCAGCCAAGGGUCAUCGCAUGUCCAUGUACUCUCUCGGUCUUUGUUACUAUAAAGGCAUAGGCACAGAUUCUCAACUCGAUGUGGCUCUCGACUGGUUUGACAAAGCAGCACGUCUUGGUGUCUGCGAAGCGGUUUCCUACAUAAGUCGUAUCUACCUUCAGCGCAUGGUGUCCUGUAACCAAGCCAAACAACCCACACUCGCACAACAACACUUUGUCAAGGCCGUCCAUUGGUUGAAAAAGGGUGCAGAUUUGAACGACAUGUACUGUCAACGCGAACUCGGCAAGAUCUAUUUAACCGGUAAAGGCAUUGCUCCCGAUUAUCGUUUGGCAUUUGAACUCUUGAAAAAGGCCAGCUUGAAAAAUGAUGCAGAGGCAAUUACUUUUUUGGGCGAUUGUUACCAUAAAGGUACAGCGGUUACCAAGGAUUUGGAAGUCGCCAUUGAACAUUAUUUACGUGCUGCUUCUUUAGGCUAUCCAUUUGCCUAUUCUGCAGCCGCUGAACUCUAUUAUGAAAUUGGCAACAUGGAAUAUGCAUACAACUAUUAUCUCUUGGCUUCUAAAGAACCAAAACUUCUCAAUAACAGAAUCGGAAAAGCAGCUCAUAUGAUGGUCGCAAGAUUAGCCCUGGGUUUGGUUCCGGCUGCUCAAACGGAUCCUUCACUUUUAGAACCUCUCUACAAUAAAACAAUCAGCCCAACAGAAGCCUUUGAGAUCUUAUCCAAGCUGGCUAUCGGAGACCAAUUCCCUCAAGCCUUUCAACCUUUGGGUUGCUGCUUCUUAAAUGGUACCGGCACAAAUGUCAACCCUGUACAGGCCAUCUUUUGGUUACGCAAGUCAGCCCAAGAGCUAAACGACAGUGUUGCUUAUUUCACUCUGGCCGAUAUCUAUGGUAGUGGUACCGUACCUGGUGUACCUAUGGACAUGCAAUUGGCGUUAUCUUACCUCGGACAAAGUGCUGAUAUGGGCUACACAGAAGCUCAGUAUCGUAUGGGCAUGAUUUACCUAGAAGGCGAUUAUGGUAUUCCUAUUGAAGAACGUAAAGCCGCUCAUUGGUUUAAGCUUUCUGCAGCAAAAGGUCAUGUUGAGAGCAUCUGGGCGCUUUCACAAAUGGCAGGUCGUAUCGGCCAAAGUGAAUUAGAAUUACAAUAUCAGAAAAGAGCCGCCUCUCUGGGUCAUGUCCUUGCUAUGCAGGUGAUUGGUGAAAGCUAUCUCAAACAAUUAAUCGGAACUCCGUUCUUAAACGCUCUUACUCAGCAAGAAUACUUGGAGGAAGCUUUAAAAUAUUUACAUUUGGCAGGAGAUGCAGGAGAUACCAAAUCGCUCGUGCUGCUCGGUAAAGCUUAUACAAAUUGUACAAAGACACGAGUCAAGUUUUCUGCAUGCUCUCCCGAACAGCAGUAUCAUUUACCUACUCCUAGUGACACCCAUAGCUCUUUUGACGACGACGACGAGGAAGGUGAAUCGAGAUUUCAGUGCGAGGAAGAUGAAAAGAAUUUGGCCAUCCAAUGCUUCGAAAGAGCUUCAGCUUUAGGAGAUAUUGAUGCUACUGUAUACGCUGCUGAAGCUUGGUAUGAACAAAAGCAAUAUGCUGCUGCACUUGAAUUCUUUGAAAAGGCCGCAAGCCAAGGUAAUGUCCUUGCACGUUUCUUUUGUGCACGUUACUGUAUUGAAGGUUAUGGUGGUAGUCAAUUAAACCCCGAAAAAGGAUUCCAGGAACUUUUGAUAUGCGCCAACGAAUUAAAUUGCGUUCAUGCGUAUAAUAAUUUGGGUCAGUGUUACGAAAAUGGUAUUGGCACUACGAAAAAUGAUCAACUUGCAUACGAAUGGUAUUGCCGUGCUGCAGAGGUGACGCAUGACGCCGAGGCCUUUUAUCGUAUUGGACAAAUGUAUGCUCAAGAACGUAUUCCUACUACCGUCUUAAACAAGGAUAUAGAGGCUUGUAAAAUCUAUGAAUUGGCCGUCAAUGCUACACCUGAAAAUCAUGGCAUGGCUUGUUAUCAACUAGGACUUUAUUACUUGAAGGGUAUCAAGGAAGAUAUUCACGAUCAAACCUUCUUGUUGUCGCCUGAUAUUUGUUUAUCCAUCGAGUAUUUCAGAACAGCAGCUGACUUAAAGGUGAAAGAAGCCAUGCUACAGCUCGGUCUUUUGUUCCUCAAUGACGAUUACAGCGUAGAUGAACAAGAAGAAGGGCUCUCUCGACUUUUACAUGCUGCAGAACUGGGUUUACGUGAAGCCCAAUUUGAGCUCGGUUUACUCUAUCAUCGUGGAAAAGAAGUGAUGAUCCCUGUGAAUGACGGAACAGAAGAACGACGUCAUGGUGAUGUACAAGAAGAAGAGUGCAUCCUUGUACCCCAAGACUUUGAGAAGGCCUAUGAUUUAUUUUGUCGAUCCGCAGCUCAAAGUCAUCCAACCGCUACGUAUUACCUCGGUAUUUACCACCAACAUGGCAUAUUUGUAGCUCCCGAUCUUUCAAUCGCAUUAGAGCAGUAUGAACUCUCUGUACAACUCUUUGAGAAAUAUGACAGUGCGCCAGAUCGAUGGCAAGCUGAAUUUAAUCUUGCUCGUAUCUUGCAUCAAGACAUCGAAAGUCGUGUUCAUGCAUACGAACUGUUCCAAUCUGCACACGUUCAUGCUCCUCCACAAUUCAGGUUUUUAUCCGAGAUCAUGAUUGCACGUUACCACCUCCAUGGUUGGGCUGACGUGGAUGUCCAGGCCGAAGAAGCUGCAGCCACAUUAAUUCGAUUUGCACAAGAAGAAGAAAAGUUCGGUUAUCGCGUUUAUUUAGACGUUGCACAAUGCUUUGAAAAUGGCCUAGGUGUUCCUCAAGACUAUCGUCAGGCCUUUCAUUGGUACGGUGAAGUUGUGAGUAAAGCCCAUCGAUUGAUCUCGGCUAAUAAUGACAGCAUGAGCAGUUAUGACGUAGCCAUGGUGAUGGAUGAAGAAAUCGAGGAAGAUGAAGCAUGCGCCAUGUUCAAACUAGCCGAGUUUUAUCGCAAAGGAUUAGUGGUCGCUCAAGACAGUACAAAGGCAGAUAGCUUGUACAAUCUCGCUGCUCGUAAGGGAUCGCAAGCUGCUCAAACGUAUCUCGCUGAUAUGCUUCAAAAGACUUCCUUAUAUGAUUAAUGCACUCAUUUUUAUGUAACAACACCGCCUCCCCCCUUUUUUUCAUAUCUAUUUUUCUGUAUAUAUUAUACGAUAACUUAUUAUUUAACCCCACGUUCACUAUAUCUAUUUUAUCUAUCUUCCCACCAUUAUUUAUCACUAGGUUUUUUUUUCUUCUUCUGUGACCUCUUCUUGUAUUUAUAUCUACUUAUUACUCUCCUCUCCCGCAAACUA